GACGGUCACUGUGAUUAUCUGUGUCCGUCUGCGCGUGUGCUUCCCAUUCAGAAGUCAUGCGCCGCGAGAGCCCACGCCGAUUCUACCUUGUCCGAACCUGUCACCGCCCGCGAUGGCCGCAACGAUGAAGGGGGAACUGGUGGCGGAUGCGGCGGACGACAAGCCUGGGUCCAAGUGCCUGGCCAUGGAACAGCUUGUUGUCCAGUCCCAGUCUGCCGACAGCGAUGCUUUCAACCACGACGACCAACCAAUGUAUGGACUCUACCGCCGGCGGUUCGUGGGCUUGGUGGCCAUGAUCUUGCUCAACAUCGGGGCGGCCGCAGGCUGGCCGUGGUUCGGUCCCAUAUCUAACGAGACGGCUGCACGCUUUGGUAUUACCCUUAAUCAGGUCACCUGGCUGGGCAACAUUGUCGCACUCAUCUACCUCCCCGUCGCACUUGUACUUCCCGAAUUCAUCCAGAGGAUUGGCUUCCGGAACUCAUGCUUUGUUGGCGCGCUAUCACUCAUUCUCUCCUCGUGGAUAAGAUACGCCGCAACAGCGGACGGACUAUCCCCUAACGAGGCCUAUGCGCUCCUUAUGUUUGGCCAGCUCUUCACGUCCAUCGCCCAACCGAUCUUCCAGGUCCUCGGUCCGAAGUACUCGGAAACAUGGUUCGAUCUCAAGGGCCGAACGACCGCCACAAUGAUCAUUGCAGUCUCUAACCCCAUCGGAGGCGCUAUUGGCCAGCUUCUCAGCCCGAUUAGCGAUCCAGCGACCUCCGUCCUAAUACUGGGAAUUCUGCAGACCGCGGUAGCACCCAUGGUCUUCCUCAUCCAAGAUAAGCCACCGAAGCCGCCGACUUUUGCCGCGUCGCACGACACGCCGAGCAUAAUCACACUCCUCCGCGUGUGGGCCGGCCUGGCACCUCUAGAGCGCGAUUGCAAUCGCGCAGGCCGUGCCGAUCCAUAUAUGACCUGGCGGGAGCGUAUAGACUUCCUCAUCGUCGUCCUUGUGUUCGGUGUUUUGGUAGCUGCCACCAACGCCUGGGCGAUCCUUACCUCGCAGUAUCUCGAGCCGCAAGGCUACUCAUCGGACACCGCUGGCCUCAUGGGGGCAUGUCUCCUCCUUACCGGCCUGGUCGCCGCGAUCGUCACUUCCCCACUCUUCGACCGGGUGUUUACGCACCAUCUUGCACUGACUGCGAAGAUCUUGGUUCCUUCCACUGCUGCGGCAUGGCUCUCGUUAAUAUGGGCGAUCAAACCACACGACACCGGCGGCCUGUACGCCAUCAUGACCAUUAUCGGCGUCACCUCCCUGCCCAUGCUGCCUGUCGCACUCGAGCUCGGCUGCGAGCUGACGCGUAACGCGGAGGGGAGCUCUGCGAUUAUGUGGUUCAUGGCCAACCUGCUUGGGUUUGUGUUUAUUAUAUCCGAAGACGCGCUCCGCGCAGGCCCGGAUGCCGACCCGCCGCUCAACAUGCACCGGGCGACAAUCUUCAACGGCGUGUUCAUAUUCGUGACGUCGGCGCUGGUUCUGCUGUUGAAGGGACGCCAACGGCGACGGCAGGCGGAUGAGACGCAGGGAAGGGAGCAAGGGCCGACGAGUGCAUAGCGAUCAGGUUCAGAUGCAUGGAGAGGGGCUCAAGACUUUGCGUGCCUUCGGCCACUGUGCAUCUGUGCGCGGAGAAGUUUGAUGGUAUAGGAACGAUGCAGUCUUGCGCGGCAUAGAUACGGAUACGGACGGACACUGAACCGGAAAGGGUUGUUGUACUUUUAAUGAUUUUGACGAGUGUAGGGCUUCUCGCUCGAUAGCUAGCUACUGUAGCACGAAUGGAACUGUAUGACGACUCUUAAGAAGACUUGGGAGUGGGACUCGAAAGCUUAGCAAUGCAACAAAGGGGCUACGACAAAA